GGUGAGAGUAGAGGACUGAAAUGACUAUACUUCCUCUCUUCUAAAAGUCUUGCAUCAUCCCCAUGACCUCCUUCACUUUUCUUUUGUGUGAACUGUUAGGUGAAGUUGUUGUUGUCUCUUUUUCCCCUCUUCCUUUAAGCUCUUUUCUGUUCUGCUUCUUUAAGUGCUCAGGGGAUGAAGCCAUUCAAACAAACUGCCUGUUCUCUCCUGGCUUAUUUAUAGUGUAAGUAAACAGCAGUGUUUGUCUCUAGUUUCUCCAAUGGUACUGGGACUAGUAAAUGAUCGGUUAUAGAACAUGGCUAAUGUGAUCAACUUUUAAUGUAGCAUCUUCCUGCUGGCCUGCAUCAGUCUGGACCGCUACCUGUCCGUGGUCCACGCGGUCCAGAUGUACUCUCGCAGGAAGCCCUGGAUGGUGCUGGCCAGCUGCCUGUCCGUGUGGCUCCUCUCCCUCCUCCUCUCCCUCCCCGACUGGCAUUUCCUGGAGUCUGUGAAGGACACCAGACGAGACAAAGUGGAGUGUGUUCACAACUACUCGUCCCUCUCCCAGUCUUGGUUUGACUGGCGCCUGGCCUCCCGCCUGCUCUACCACACGGUGGGCUUCCUCCUCCCCUCUGUUGUGCUACUCUUCUGCUACUCCUGCAUCCUGCUGCAGCUGCAGCGCGGCUCCCAGGGCCUCCAGAAGCAGAGGGCCGUCCGGGUCAUCCUGGUGUUGGUGCUGGUCUUCUUCCUCUGCUGGACUCCCUACAACAUCACCCUUAUGGUGGACACUUUUCAGGGGAGACCUGGGGAGGCUGUUUCUGUGUCCUGUGAGAACGGGAGGACAGCUCUGGAGAACAGUCUGGUGGUUACGUUCGCUCUAGCCUGCCUGCACGCUUGCCUCAACCCAGUGCUCCAUCUUGGAAUGUGUAGAAACUUUCGGCGACGCGUGCUGGAUAUGGUGAGGUGUGUUGAGGGGGUGCAGGACGAUCUGAAACGCUCACUGUGGGAUUCAGGUGUGGUUGAAGACUCACCUGACCAAGCAGAGGAGAAGGGGACGUUGAACCCAAUGACAAUCAUGGGACAGGUACAGUCCACGCAGGGCUGAUGGGUAGGAAGAAGAUCCUAAUGAUUAAUAUAGUAUGUCUUCCUGCCUUGAGGGGAAGUUGUAUGGGUCAUGGGUCUGGGGACUGGUGGAUGACCGUAACCUGGGUCAUGAGAGAAAGACAUGCAUGGUAGAAAGCCCCUUAUGAGGACUGCUUUCUUUGAAUUGCACUUUAAUGGAUAACGCUCAGACUAAAUGUAUAUUUAUAUAUUUUUAUAAAGUCAGCGGGUUGUCUGCUCUUCACGUUUUACCUUUAUCAAUGUCGUCCAGGUCUGUAGAAUAUAUUGGAAAGAAUCAUGCAUCCAUUAU